AUACCAGUUAAAGUGCAUGGGCUCUGCAGUGUUGGGUUCUCCCUGAACCCCUGGCCACUGUUCAUUGGUUCAGCCCUGAGCCCUCCUCCCUCUUGGGCUCAUGAGGGGGAGUGGCUGCUUCUCUGAAUUCAAGCUAGGCCUCACUCCUCGCCAUGAAGCCUGUUCAUGGCUCCCGCUUCGGCCGAAACAGGUUCCGGAUUGUCUAUGUGAACCGUUUUGGUAGCCACCGCUGUGGCUCUGUGAUUCAUUAUGGCAGCGGCCACCUCAGGCCUGAGGGCAAAGUUCCCCUGGCAACACCCAUUUCUGAGGGAAUUGGGUGCGCAACCCUUUCUCCUUCCCCCCGGGGACAAAAGAGCCCAUGUUUUGUGCUUCGAGCUGGUCCCAAGAUGCAAGCGGGCAAAGCAGGAGCCUGUGGAAGCCAACAACUAGGCAGAGAAGGGCAGGCCGCAUCCACCACAGCCAAAGAGACGCCCGAGUUGCCAUGCGCACCCAAUGCGGACUGGAGCUGUGAGAGGGAGGCUGUUUGCUCCAUGGAUUCCAGUAGUCCGAAGCAAACUGAUGACUGCCAAGAGUCCCAAAGAGAUGUAUUUGAAUUUUCUGCUCCUUUGGAAAAUGUUAACAACGUAAUCAGGAAACACAAGAAAAAGUCUGCAGUGUGGCAUAGAGUUUCUAAAGUGAUUUCUAAGAUGGUCGAAGAAAAUGGACAUUUUCGAAACCGACUUAUACACUGCAGCCAACUUUCAAAUGAAGGUAGGGAUAUAAAUGAGAAUGUCGUAACUGAAGCUUCGUGCACGGAUACAGAAGAAGCCAUUUUUGGAUGGGUGUAAGGCAUAAAAAUGAGAAAAUGAAGCUUUAUUAUGAUGAGUAUUAUUAUUGGAUUGUUUUAUAUUUUGUAUUUGAAAAUAGGUUUGUUGUUCCUAUUUGCCAUCAAGUCAAAUUCAACUUAUGGAUGACCUUAUGAAUGAGAGACUUCCAGUCAUCAGUUGCCCUACUCAGGUCCAGGGCUCUGCUUUCCAGGACUGAACCAAUCUCCUUGCAGUGUGGUCUUCCUCUUGACCUGCUUUCACCCAUUAUAGUCUUUUCCAGUAAAUCAAAGGUCAUGACCUGUCCAAAGUACAAUAGUCACACUUUAGCAAUUCAGGCUUCAUUUGACCAAGAACCACUAAGUUGUCUUUUUAGCAGUACAUGUAUCAAUCUCACAGUAUCCUUCCAGGUGGGAUGCUAAACUAGGAUGAGUCAUGAAACAGAGCAGGAAGGCAAAGAGACAGCAAAUAAUAACUUUAGCCAAAGGAACUACCAUUCAGAGAUAGAGUUUAUUCAGGCAUCAGUAUUUUAAACAAUUUCAAGGUACAAAGAAAACACUAUCUCAACACAUGGUAUCCACAGUUCUGCAAUGCCAUGUUGCAAAUGAGUUUAUUGUCUUUCUUUCAGUUGUCUUUAUUGUUUAGUGGGAAAUACAAAAUGCUAAUCAUAAAUCAGAAUAGUACCACAGCAAGCAAGAUAUGAAGAUGAUGGAGUCAAGAUGCAUUGUUAGUCUUGUUGGUGCAAACCGGAGUUAUGAAUAUAAAUGUAUCUUAACGACAACGAGAGCAGUUCUUCAUCCUCUUCCAGAGUUCACUCACCUGAAAUGGGUCUCCUAUACUCUCUAAGUAAUUGCCUAGACCAGUGGUUCUCAAUCUGUGGGUCCCCUAGUAUUUUGGACUUCAACUACCAGAAAACCCAGCCAGUUUACCAGCUAUUAGGAUUUCUGGGAGUUGAAGGCCAAAACAUCUGGGGACCAACAGGUUGAGAACUACUGGCUAGAAAGACCAGCACAUUGCAAGAGUUGUACGGUUUCUGAUGCUUAAAAAAAAAAAAAAGAUAGUUGAAAAAACCGUCACAUCCUUAACUGUUUGUUGCCAAAAGUAAAUACGAAAUGAACCCCCACCCUCCCAAAAAAGUAGAAAAAGUAGAAAAAGAUAUGUGGAUAUUAUCUAUAUUAUCUAGCUCUCCAUUAUGCUUUCAUAACACAGAGUAUUAUGAAUAUAAUUUUCCAAGAGCUCUCAGUUUUACAGACACAAAUUAAGUCCCAAAAGAACGGUUGACCUUACAUUUAAAACCAUUGGUGAUGAUAUCUGUACUGUUAAUACUGUGAACAUAGUUUGAGGAGAUAUGUCUGGUAAACAUCCUAAAUCUGAUGAUUUUUCAUUACAAAAAGGCAACCUUAUGUCCACUUACAUGUUAGCAAGCUUUGCUGAAUUAAUUAGGCCUUAUUUAGCUCAAUUUAGAUCUGUGUGAAAAUAUCUUGAGUGAUUUGUCAGCGCUCAUGUAAAUAUGAUACCUGCAAUCUACAGCUGAUUGCCAAAAGUGAAAUACUAUAUUUUAGAAAUGUGUUUUAGAGGAUGACAGUCUCUUUCUUCUGGUCCAAAUCCAAUCUUCCCUCAUUGCCUGAAGGAGUAAGUUCACAAACCGACCUCUAAUGGCAUACACUUCAAUAGAAGGAAUAGAUCCAUGAUGCCCCAUUCCCCCAGUGAAUUUUGAAAUGUGUGUGCAUGAAUUAUCUGCACAUCAUAGUUCAUGUUGAACUCUGGACUGGGACCACUACUUCUUGCAAAAAUGUGUUUUACAACUAGGAUCUUUGCAGUCUAUAACCUGAAGAACUCAGACCAGUUAACAGCCUGCUGUGAAGGAUUUCAUGGUAAUUUCCAAAUAAAAUUACUAAUAUUCAUUCUGUCUUGAAUUGUAUAGUUAAUGCAGAUCCAAUGGACAUGGCCCCUUCUUGUCCAGGUAUACAGAAUAUUUUUUUCAAAUUGUGCAGUCCAAGGAUGUAGACGGGUGAGAGCCAUCACAUUUUCCAGUGUCAUGUCCCACUUGGCUCAUUUUUAAUAGAUCAGAGGAGGACUAGCCAAGAGAGUAAAAGGAUCCCAACAUGCCUGAAGGAGGCAAAUGUUAAGACGUCUGUUGAAAAAAAUCUUCCUGGAUCUCACUGUGAUCAGCAAGUUUUCCAUAUUCAAUUUAAGGAAAUCUACUGAUAGCAUAUGUUGGCCUCUCAUCUCCAGGGGUUCCUAAAUGUAACGGAUUACCCCACAUUAUUUUGAUUUAUUUUAAGUUCUCUCUAUGGGACAGAAACAGCUUUGGUUUCCUUUCUGGAUGGCUUAGACCAGGAACUGGAUAGGAGGUUUCCCUUUUUCAAUUCUGCUGGACCUUUCGGUGGCUUUCAGAGCCAUCAGCCAUGUUAUUGUUCUGGGCUGACUUGCUGUUAUGGAGCUAGAAGCACUUUUACAGUUCCUCUCUUCUUUUAUAGAUGAGAAAGAGAUGGGAGUUAUAGUUCACCUACAAUUCCCAUCAUGACCAACUUUAAAUACUGGUGGGGCUUGGAAGGGGCAAUGACAGAGGAUAAUGGGAGUUGCAGUCCAGUUGCAGAUCUGGACCAAACUUGGCACACUUACCAACCAUGGCCAACUUUAAGUAAUGGUAGGUCUGGGGAACAAUGACAGAAGAUUAUGGGAAUUAUAGUUUACCAUAUGCGAAGAGCACUAUGAACCCCACUGAUGAUGGAUCUGGACCAAACUUGACAUAGAGAUGCAACAUGACCAUCAUAAAAAAUGGCAGGGUUUGGGGGGAUUCUUCCAAUGUGAUGGGAGUUAUAGUUCACCUAGAAAAUUAUGAAUUUUAAUUCAUAAAAUCAAUAACUAAAGAAUUAUUAUUUCUAAUGUUUUUCCUUAUAAAAUGCCUAACCCAAGCAUCGAUGGGUACCUAAGAUGGGAUGAUGGGAGUGGUAGUUUACCUAUAUACAAUUGGCUUUUUAAAAUAAAUAGUGUUACAUAUUAACUAAUCCAGAUAGUGCUGGGUACCAAAGUUAGUACCUAAUCUGUUUUAAAAAAUAAGAUGUAAGAUAUAAAUGAAUAAAAUAAAGACAAUGAGAAUGAGAAAAAUGAUGUGAUUGUGCACCUGAUACUGAUAUAUUGGCUUAUAUUUUCAUUAGGGGACUAAAUAAGAAGAAAGAAGAAAAUUAAAUUUGUUCCUGAGAGUUUGACAUGUACUUUGUAAAUGAUGCUGGUGCUUUUCUCUCUCUUUGAAUGAGAAUUUCUCAGAAUUAAAACUUUGUAUUCAUCAUC